AUGGGAACCAGCGAGGACCUGGAGCGCGCCGCAGCGGAGCUCAGGGCUAACAUGCAGGAUGCAGAGGCUGCGAUGAAAGUAUUCCAGGACAGGGCCCGAUUCGCUAGUGUGGCUGGGGUGCUGAAGCCCAUCUUCCAGGUAGCCGGAGCCAUUCUGAAGCUGGUGUUAGGCAAACGGGAGAGCGAUGAACUGAAAUACAUGAAGGAACAAUUCCAGACCGUCAGGAACGACCUGGAUAUAAUCUCCGAGCAGGUCAAGCAGGUGCUCUGGGAGAUUGAGAGAAGCACUAUCAACAACCAGUAUUUCCCCAUUGAGGAAAACCUCAAGAACCAGUUCCGGAAGUACAUGGACAUCCUCAACGCAGCGCCAGAGUUCCAGCAGAAGGAGAAGGAAGAGUUCCUGACGCAUUUCAACGUGACCAAGGGAGACCAGAACCUCCACACUCUUUAUGAUGCGGUGAUGGGUUUCUCUGCUGUCUUUGGCAAACCCAUCCUGGAGACCGCCAUGAACUACGACCAGAGGAACCGGCGCCUGAUGGAGAGUCUCUGCGCCCGUCUGAAGGAGCUCUUCUGUAUCGGCCUGAUCGCCCUGCUGGGACACGCCGCCGUCACUGGGAACGACGUCGAGGCGCUGAAAAGAGAAUGGGACGAGAAAUUGAUCAAAGUCGAGGGCAAGAUGAAAGCCAUGAUAGAUCGCUGCAUCAAUGGGUUUGCGCAGCAGGCGGAGAUAGAUGUUGAGAAGCUGGUGAAGGAGAAGGGCGAGAGAGAUAACAAAGCGUGCGCAACGUUUAUCAUUGAGGCGCUAACGGACAAGUAUGACUGGGUCCGUUGGUCAGUGCGAGUCUAUGACCCCGUCUCUGGGUUUGACAAUCAUUGCGUUACUGGCCCGAACCGUUUUCAAUUCUUUAGGCUUAAUAAUGUUAACGUUGUUGUCUCCUACAGCACCGACCCAAAGCCCAUUGAUGAGACCCGCAUCGGGCAGUUGAUGCAAGGAAAAGACAGCUGGAGCGAUGCGAGAGAAGUGGUUGAAUUCAUCUCCAGCAAUCUGCCACCCACCUUUGUGGUCCACGCAGUCAGGCGCUACAAAGACCUGUGGAACCACAAGAAUUUUCCCAACAACUGCCACUUCUGGGAGCUGUACAGCGGAGUCACCCUCUGCGUCCAUUCCACUUGA